CUUCAGGGGGCCCGUGGGGGGGGCGGUGUCAGGGGCAUGGACGCCACCCCCCAGGGGUCUCUGCUGCCGGCUACUCUCCUCUCCACGUGCUAGGACCCUGGGUGCUUUGGGGAAGGGCUCUGGACCUCUCUCAGAGGAGACUGCAGCUCAGAGAGCUCCUCAGAGGCAAGCAUGUGAAGAAAAAUCAGGCUUCUGUGUUGGGAUCUUCCAGUUCCCCUCCCCACUUGCAGGCUGUCUCCACUAGGAGAAAAAACCCAAGGGAAAUGAGGCUGGCCCAAGAGCAGCAGUGAUCGUGGCCCCUCCAGGACCCCCGACGCCGCCUAGGCGCCCAGCGACGCGCGGCAGGUGGCAGCAGCUCGGGCCUCCGCCGCACCCCAGGCGCCUGCAGCGCUCGCCCUGACGCGGCCGCCAUGGCGCAGGAGAACGCGGCCUUCUCGCCCGGGCAGGAGGAGCCGCCGCGGCGCCGCGGCCGCCAGCGCUACGUGGAGAAGGAUGGCCGGUGCAACGUGCAGCAGGGCAACGUGCGCGAGACAUAUCGCUACCUGACGGACCUGUUCACCACGCUGGUGGACCUGCAGUGGCGCCUCAGCCUGUUGUUCUUCGUCCUGGCCUACGCGCUCACCUGGCUCUUCUUCGGCGCCAUCUGGUGGCUGAUCGCCUACGGCCGCGGCGACCUGGAGCACCUGGAGGACACCGCGUGGACGCCGUGCGUCAACAACCUCAACGGCUUCGUGGCCGCCUUCCUCUUCUCCAUCGAGACCGAGACCACCAUCGGCUACGGGCACCGCGUCAUUACCGACCAGUGCCCCGAGGGCAUCGUGCUGCUGCUGCUGCAGGCCAUCCUGGGCUCCAUGGUGAACGCCUUCAUGGUGGGCUGCAUGUUCGUCAAGAUCUCGCAGCCCAACAAGCGCGCAGCCACGCUCGUCUUCUCCUCGCACGCCGUGGUGUCGCUGCGCGACGGGCGCCUCUGCCUCAUGUUCCGCGUGGGCGACUUGCGCUCCUCACACAUAGUGGAGGCCUCCAUCCGCGCCAAGCUCAUCCGCUCGCGCCAGACGCUGGAGGGCGAGUUCAUCCCGCUGCACCAGACCGACCUCAGCGUGGGCUUCGACACGGGAGACGACCGCCUCUUCCUCGUCUCGCCGCUGGUUAUCAGCCACGAGAUCGACGCCGCCAGCCCCUUCUGGGAGGCGUCGCGCCGUGCCCUCGAGAGGGACGACUUCGAGAUCGUCGUUAUCCUCGAGGGCAUGGUGGAAGCCACCGGAAUGACAUGCCAAGCUCGGAGCUCCUACCUGGUAGACGAGGUGCUGUGGGGCCACCGCUUCACAUCAGUGCUGACUCUGGAGGACGGCUUCUACGAGGUGGACUAUGCCAGCUUUCACGAGACUUUUGAGGUGCCCACACCUUCGUGCAGUGCUCGAGAGCUGGCAGAGGCUGCGGCCCGCCUUGAUGCUCAUCUCUACUGGUCCAUCCCCAGCCGGCUGGAUGAGAAGGUGGAGGAGGAGGGGGCGGGGGAGGGGGCGGGUGGGGAAGCUGGGGCUGACAAGGAGCAGAAUGGCUGCCUGCCACCCCCAGAGAGUGAGUCCAAGGUGUGACCAGCUUCCUCCAGACCCCUGUGGCAGACCGGGGGCCAGACACAGAUACAUGGGGAACUGCAUAUCGGAGGUGGUGGAGGAGGAGGAGGAGGAAGGCAAAGCCCCUGGAAAUGUGUUAAAGUUGGAAAGUCCCCGUCCCCCAAGAACCUCAAGUCUAGAAACCAGUAUGGAAGGGAGGGGUCCUGAUUUCAGGGAAAUGGAAGGUGGGGCCGGGUGAACAUGCCAGUCUGUGUUUGACCUUCA